GCGGGGGCGGCCCCUUCCCGCCCGGCCUCCUCCGGCGCCGCCGCUCCCCCCACAGCUCCGGGUCCGGCUCCGCCAUGGGCGCCGCUCUCCGCUCCCGUCUGCUGCCGCUGCUGCCGCUGCUGCUGCUGCUGCUGCUGGCGCCGUGGGGGCCGCGGGUGUCGGCGGCGCUGCGCUGGCCCGUGCCCUACAGGCGCUUUGAUUACCGUCCAAAGACCGAUCCUUACUGCCAAGCUCGCUACACCUUCUGCCCCACGGGCUCUGCCAUUCCAGUGAUGAAGGAAGAGGACGUCAUUGAAGUGUAUCGAUUACAGGCUCCAGUAUGGGAGUUCAAGUAUGGGGACCUACUGGGACAUUUGAAAAUUAUGCAUGAUGCUGUUGGUUUCAAGAGCUCUCUAACAGGCAAAAACUACACAAUGGAGUGGUAUGAGCUCUUCCAGCUUGGGAACUGCACAUUUCCACAUCUGCGGCCUGGCAUGGAUGCACCGUUCUGGUGUAACCAGGGAGCUGCCUGCUUUUAUGAAGGAAUAGAUGACGCACACUGGAAAGCAAAUGGAACUUUGGUUCAUGUGACCACAAUAUCAGGAACCAUGUUUAAUGCAAUGGCACAAUGGGUAAAAUAUGACAAUGAGACUGGCAUUUACUACGAGACCUGGACAGUUCAAGCAAGUCCUGACAAGAAGUCAACAGUGUGGUUUGACUCUUAUGAGUGCUCCAAGUUUAUACUGAGAACCUACCAGAAGCUAGCUGACUUAGGAGCUGUAUUUAAGAAGAUACAAACAAACUAUACAAGCAUAAUUUUAUUCAGUGGAGAACCUAUUUAUUUGGGGAAUGAAACAUCUAUUUUUGGACCACAAGGAAACAAGACACUGGCGGCAGCUAUAAGAGACUUCUACAGUCCAUUUAAACCUCAUCAGAGUGUCAGAGAGUUCUUUGUGGAUCUUUUCAAAAUAAUUGAUCGUGUUAUCUUGAAUCAUCAGUUUUACCUCUUCUACAACUUGGAAUACUGGUUUUUACCUAUGAAGUCCCCUUAUCUCAAAAUAAUUUAUGAAGAGGUCCCUUUGCCUGUUGGAAGCAAAGCAUCCUUUGGUGUAUGACUGCCUACUGAAGAACAGAACUUGCCUUUAGGCAGGAUAUUCUUAAGGAUUUUGGAGCACUACCAUGAUGGUGUUAAAGGGUUGUAGGUUUCACUGCUGACUGUAAAAUAUUGUGUAAGGAAGGCUUUGCUGUACCAGGUGAAAGACUCUGCAUUUGUUUCCUUACUACCUGUAUAACACAUUCAUGAAAGCCUCAGCAUCUCUGACCUGGCUGGCUUCCGUGUAACCGUGGCUCCCUGCUGCCUGAAGGGAGACUGCAGUGGCUCCUCUGGCUGAGCUCUGCAGUGCCAGAGGGGGAAUGGGGAGGCAGCUGCCUGCUCUGGGCUCAGGUGCUCUCCACAUGCAUGCCCACGUGGCAGCAGAUGGCACCUGGCCACCAAGAGAGGUGGGACACAAGCAACAAGGACUAACUCGCUCAACAUGAGUGUCUUGAUGUAUCCAGUUCCCUCAACAUGUGCCUUACUCUGAUGUUCUGUAGUUCUUUGGUUUGUACAGCUGGGACCUAUGAACUAUUCUCUGUUGUUCUGGGGCAGUGAAUGACUGGAGGAUGGCAUGGGGGAUGCUUUUUCACCACUUUGCUUCCUUCAACUCCACUGUAAACACAAUACACACAGAUGGCUCUUCUUCA